UACCAGCAGGGGGCGAUGUGAUCCCUUUUCCUUCCCAGUAUGAGAAAACGACUGCAGGAAGUAAAGAAGAAGUCAACGCGCGGGGGCAUUUGAAAAUCGGAGGUCCACUGUCAAACAUCACCGACGGGAACAAUGGCGUUACAACCGCAAGAUCUGGAGGACUCUCUAAAGGCGUUUAUGAUGAUGCUAGAUGACAGUGAAGCCGUUGCAGAAGCGCAACGUAUACGAAAUACAGCGCAACAUUUGUUUGAUCACCACACUGACACCAUGAAGACAAUCACACAGUACCAUAAUGAGCUGACCCAUGCGGAAGAGGAAGCUGGCCAUACUCUUAUGGGCCUGGAGAGGGCCAAGACCAAGAUGCAGGAAGAGCUGGUUGCACUGGAGCGGGAGGUUCAGAAGAAGCAAACCCAAAGCAUGAACCUAGACUCAGAGUUGGAGUUCCUGCAGAGGGAGCUAAAGGACCUGCAGGAGUGUGAGCAGGAGAUGCAGGCCCUGGAGCAGGAGGUGGACGAGGACACCACAGAAAUCAUCCCCUCUGCCAUAUACCAGUCGCAGCUCUACAACAAGGUCACACACAUGAAGCUGGAGAUGGACAGAGAAAAUAGACAAAUCUUGAAAGGAGUUCACUACGGGAAAGACUUGGCCAGCCCGAUCAACAUUGACACAUCUAAACUCUCACCAACUGAGAUCAGUGAUAAGCUUUGGGCUCUUGUCAGCACAGACUGGAUCUAACUUGUCGACUAACUCGUCUUUUUGCCUUUUCUUUCUAAUGUUCGUUGUGUAAAUGCUUUUUUGUAAACUAUUUAAGCUGUAUCUAUAAGACAACCUCAUUUUGUACUCAUGAGGUUUACUUGUCAUUUUAUGUUUAGACCACUAGGUGUCAUGGCGUCCCUUUCUGAAUUUGUUAGUGUCAAAUUGGUGUCGAGUUCCUUUUUGUGGAUCAAAAAUCUUUUUUUUUCUGUACAUGGGUUCUCAUGACAGAGCUGUUUAAUCUUGUAAAUGUUUGUUUGUUUGUUUUUUUGUUCUGAAAACAUAACAGUAAAAGAUCACAAAUUCAA